AUGCCGGAAUCAAAAGAGACAGAGCCCAGCGCUUCAAUGCCUGGAAACAGUGACAAACAGGCAAGGCUACCCCCUAAUGAAGACUACAUAUCAAGACACCAACUAACCAAUCCCCAGCCCACGUCGAGUCAAAUAGUUCAAAUCUCAGAGUUCUUACCUGUUUUAGACCAAGAUUUGUACGAGUUCUUCCAGGAAAUCACGUCUGAAAUCCAGAAGCUCGGAUGUUCGAGGGCGGAAGCAGUGGCGCGCAUCAACGAAGCUUGGGGCCAGGUGGAUUUCGAAACAAAUGAUAUUGUCUACCAUGAGGAACCCAAGUUCUGGGCCUACCGUCACUACUAUGAGGAGGUGCUAUCGUGGGAUGAGGGCGCAGACCGGUCGAACUGGAAAGUGCGAGAUGCACCACCCCCAGGGUCUGCGUCGUGGACGUUGAAGGAAGAAGUUGAUGUAUAA